AUGGUUAAGGACAUGAGGAGUAGAAUGAACUUGUUUGUUGCUGGGUCACCUCGUUUGUCGAGUAAGGAAAGAAGGGUUGCAAUGCUUAUCAGGGACAUGGACAUAUCAAGGUUGAUGCUUUAUGAGCAACAGGUUAAGGAAGAGGAGCUGAGGGACAGGGAAGAGUUCAGAAAUAAGAAAGUUAAGACAGGAAAUGAGUCCGGGCAUCAUAUAGAGUGUCCAAAGAACAGGCGAGGUAGUGGAAAUUCGAGCAAUAGGGCCCAAUCUUCAUCAGUUGCUGCCCCAGAUAGAGCUGCACCUAGAGGAGCUACUUCAGGUACUGGCGGAAGAACAAACCGUCUUUAUGCAAUCACCCGUCAUCAAGAGCAAGAGAACUCUCCAAAUGGCACCAGCAGAGUUGAAAGAGUUGAAAGAGCAGUUAAAGGAUCUAUUAGAUAA